AUGCCGUCGUCAUCAGAUCCUACCUCUUUGCUCAAUACAUGUUUGCAGCGCGACAAGAAGCUCGUCACGUAUCGCCUUCUCAGUCGAGAGCUGCGCAUCCAUGUCGAUGAAGCCAAGAGGGCACUAGCGAGCUUCUUCGACUCGCACAAGGAAAAGUCAGAACUCGACGCUACGUACAUCCUCAUCGGCCGAUCCACAGCAUUGCAAUCUCAAGCUGACAGGUCGAGCAAGCCAGAAGGAGAUGAUGACGGCAAACUAGAAGGUCCCUCCUCGACCGCCUCUUCCUCUGCCGGACCAUCUCGCAGCUACCUCGAAGCCCGUCUUGCAGAUCGCCAGACCGACAUGGAUGUCUCCCGUCAAGUGGUCCGCUUAGUCGCUGCCGACCAGCUCGAAGAAGCCAAGUCCACCUUUGAGGAGAUCACGUCGUGUCACAUCUAUUCAAUAUCGCCAGGUCGUCUCCGUGAUGCAGCACAACUCACAGCAGUGCAACACGACUUGCAUACACAGCAGAAGUACAUCGAUGCCUGGCAAGAGACCAACCGUGGCGCAGAUCUCGGCAUCAUCAUUAACACCAGCAUCAAGGACAACUACGAUCCCUCCAAAGCCAUUCCGAGUCUGGGUGCACCCAGCGCGCCUGCCGUCCCUGCGGCGAAAGACGCAAAGCAGACCAAGGUAAGCUCGGUCAAGACGGAGGUCAAGGAGGAUCCCGACUCCAAGUCAUCUUCGGCAGCAGCAGCAAACAGGUCCACUGGCAGCGGCGGUAAUAAGAGUGGUCUUGACUGGAGCAGGGCUAAGCCAAAGGAACACGAAAAGAAAGCUGCAGCGGUCAAGAAGGAGGCUCCCAGCAGCAACAGCACUAGCAAACGAUCGUCAGCAAGAAAAGCACUUCUCGGCAGCGAUGACGAGGACGAUGACGAGGACGAUGACGAGGACGUGGAAGACGAUCGCAAUGGUCGCAAGCCUAUCGUGUUGGACGACGAUGAUGAUGACGAGGACGACAAUAAGCCAGCAAAGCUCGGCUAUGCCGACGACGAGAGCGACGAGGGCGACAUCAAGAUGAUCGAUCCUGUCCGAGGAGCAGCACCGCGAGGGACAGGGAAGCGUGCCGACGCUCGAUCGCAGACUAAAGCACAGGAAGCAGCACAACGUAAAGAACUGGAAGCCAUGAUGGACGAUGAUGAUGACGACGGAAUUCAAAUUGUCGAGCCUAGCGGCAUUUCUGGCACUAAGAAGACAGGCCAAGGCAAAGACUUAGAUCCGGAGGUAGAAAUGGCUGAUUCAACUGUCACCGACACCAUGAAUGGCACCGCGGAUGCACCUGCAAAGCGUCGCGUGCGUAAGAAGCGCAAGAUCGGCAGCAAAAAGGUGCGCACCAAAGAUGAGCGAGGUUAUACAGUUACAAAGACGGUCGAUGAGUACGAGUCGUAUUCAUCAGAAGAGUCCGAUACAGCCGUUGUCGUUGGAUCCAAGCGUGGAGGUGGAGCAACAGCGAAGCCAAAGCCAGCGGCAGAGUCACGAUCCAACUUAACAUCGGCUUCAGCAAGCCCAGCUCCGAGUGCACCAGCCAAAUCGACACCGGCAAAUAGUUCGGCUGCUAAGAGCAAGCCAAGCAGUGGAGCGACGCCCGCAAAGAAAGGCCAACAGAGCCUGAACAGCUUCUUCACCCGCAAGCCCAAGUGA